ACUUUGGGGAGCAGAGGAGAAUUCCUAGACUUACGCUAUGGCCAGUCUGGCUAGAGGUCAGGACACAGAAGGAGAAAAAGAUGUUGCUGCCAUUUUUGUUACAAGAACACAGUAAUGUGUUAUCUAAUGCAGCGCAGGCACAUCUGUUGCAGAGGCUAUGGGUUCAAGGUGCCACUUGAGAGAAUGGGCUGGGGGACAUCUUUCCUAGUGAAGGGAAAGGGACAGAAGCCAGACACUUCUGGAGGUGAAUUGCAAAAGGUAUUAUUUGAAAGUGACAAUGCUUUUUCAGCUCUGCUUGGUCCUACUGAAACUGCCAGUCACUGAGAGAGGCCUGGAAGACUUUCUGCACAUAGGUAGGUGCUGGAGGAACUGAAGAGUCUGAUUUAAACAGUCAACUUGAUUUAAAGAACCUGUGUGAUGGACUCUUGCUGUGGAUGCAUGUGCAGAGGUGUUGACUUCUGAAAACAUCCUUUUGCCAAAUGAACAGAGCAGUUUUCUAAACAGUGUAUGGGAAAAAAUCACUUCCUCAGUGACUCAACUGUCUCCUCUUGUGAGGUUUGUCUUCAGUAGUGACACCUUCAGUCUCCACAGACCUCAGGACAGGAAAGACUUGAAUUUAUAGCUUAAGUAAGCUUUGAAAGAUCUGUCAGGCCUUUAUGCAUCAGGAGGUAACUUCAUUCUUGUUUGUCAACGCUUAAGGUCAGAGUGAAGAGAUCUUGGCAAACAUUAUAGAAGAGCAUUGGGCUUUUCCAUAUGGCAAGGCAAUACUGACCAGUGCACAUCUUGACAAGGUCUCCUAGCAACCUUUUCCGCAGGGCUGAAUGACAGCGGGAACAGCAGGGUAAAUUGAUGCGCUUGCCUGGGGAGCCUAUAAAUAGGCAAAAUCGGAACACGCAAUGGGUCAGAAGGUCACAGGUGGGAUAAAGACUGUGGAUAUGAGGGACCCUGUAUACAGGCCACUGAAACAGGAGCUCCAGGGACUCGACUACAGCAAACCCACACGUUUGGACUUGCUGCUGGACAUGCCUCCAGUAUCGUAUGAAGUCCAGCUGUUGCAUUCAUGGAACAAUGACGAUCGCUCGCUGAACGUAUUCGUGAAAGAGGAUGACAAACUCAUAUUUCACCGGCAUCCGGUGGCUCAGAGCACAGACGCGAUCAGAGGCAAAGUGGGAUACACACGAGGACUGCACGUGUGGCAGAUCACGUGGGCGAUGCGGCAGCGAGGCACACAUGCUGUGGUGGGGGUGGCAACGGCAGAUGCCCCUCUGCAUUCUGUAGGUUACACCACGCUUGUAGGAAAUAACCAUGAAUCUUGGGGGUGGGACCUUGGGCGCAACCGACUGUACCACGAUGGGAAGAACCAGCCAAGUAAAACCUACCCUGCCUUCCUAGAACCAGAUGAGACUUUCAUCGUGCCGGACUCCUUCCUGGUCGUUCUGGACAUGGACGAUGGGACGCUGAGCUUCAUUGUAGAUGGGCAAUACAUGGGUGUUGCGUUUCGGGGACUCAAAGGGAAAAAGCUAUAUCCAGUGGUAAGCGCAGUGUGGGGACACUGUGAAAUACGGAUGCGCUACUUGAAUGGACUUGACCCUGAACCACUGCCUCUGAUGGACUUGUGUCGGCGAGCUGUGAGGCUUGCGCUGGGCAAGGAAAGACUGAAUGAGAUCCCUACAUUGCCACUGCCAGCUUCCCUCAAGAGUUAUCUGCUCUACCAAUGACCUUCAUGUUCAAGGACAGAGCUGGAACCAAGGCAAACAAUCUGGAGCUGACCCACUGGGCAACGGGUUUGCCACCCUCAUGCCACCGCUACUGUUGGAACUCCUUGGCCGAAGUACCCCUCUCAGUGCUAAAGCGAAUUCUCAAAUAAUCCUUGUUUCGCAACUAAAAUGAGCAUCUUGUUCUUUGGAAGUUGCUUCUCCAGCACACUUACAAAAGGAACCUUCACAGAAGCUCUGUGCUUCCCUGCUUCUCCAGAUAAAGGCUAUACUGGAUCCUAUGGGUUGUAGAGCCUACGAGUGAAUUAUUCCUCUGCGCCAGCCACAGGGCAGAACAUAGCUUAGGGGAAGGGAAGGCAGGAGGAGUGGGGGUCUGUCUUCAGAGCCGGUGCUGAGAAUGGAAAGGCACAGGGUGGCCAGCAGAGUUGGGAAGAGUCUGAAAUACCAAGAGGAAUUAUCAGUGGGAUGUUAAAACCAAAAAAACCAAAACCAACAAAAACCUGAAACACCAAAACCAAGGACCCUUCCACCAGGACACUUAACGUGGAGAAGGUGGUUAUGUAGCUGAUGUCUGUCUGUCUCUGCUAGGACUUCUCACUGUGUUCUGAGGUUAUUUAAUAGACAGUGGAUCUUGCUUUCUUGUUUCUGCUGCUGUCACUUUCCCAGUUCUCCUGCUGUUUGUCCUGCCUUGUCUUAGUGGGUGUGACUCAGAGCAGGCCUCCCGUGUCUUCACCUGCCUGCUUUCUGCUGACCUAAAACUGCAGGUUUUAGUCUGGAAUCAGGGGGUUCCUUGCCAGUGUGGAGACAGGGAAAGGACAAACUUGUCCUGCAAUAUAAGCCAGGGUGGUUGAGCUCUGGGGCUUGUCGCACAGCUAUAGGCCCUGCUUUCUUAAGUCUGCUUUCUGUAUAGCCUGUCCUUGUCAGGGCUUUAGAAACACAUACUGAAGUGUUCCUCUGUCUCUGCCGGGGUAUUCUCUUCAAUAAGCUGCUUAAAGUCCUCCUAGCCAGGCUUUGUCCUGUCAUAGACCAUCAGCCUAAUCUCCUCUUAGCUAUGCAGCAGGAAUAGUUCUCCCUGUUCCUUGCUUGGGGGUGGGAAGAUCUCCCAGACAGGGAGGUUAACAGUGUGACUGCAGAAUUGCCAUCAGCAGACUGGAAAUCUAGAAGCUGGUGAUUGCUGCAGAAUACUGUAGGUUGUGAGGCUUUGGCAGAGCCCUGCGGGGUGACCUUCAGGCACAGGGAGAAGAAAGGGACCCCCUCCAGAGCUGGGAGGAGGAACUGCAAUAAACAACAGGACAAGCAAUUCAGGCAAAAUCAGCACAUCCCAAAUAAAGAUUCUUGCCUCAGUAGCCCAGUAAAGAGAGGAUCAGAGCUCUCUCUUGAUGUCUCCACAGGCUACUACAAUGCCUUUCUGGGGUUAUUUUGCACAUUUCUUUGUCUUGAAAAAUGUUUGUGUGGGUGGUUUUUUUUUUUUUUUUUUUUGCUCUUGAGUUAUUCCUUCAGUUCUGUGUAGGUACAAAUGAGUUUAGUUGUUGAAAAUGUUAAUAUAUAUUAUAUUUGUGAUGUAUGUAUAAGAACCAUGUUUUAAACAGCUGCUGUAGGGUACCUUUUUUAAAAAUAAACUACUUGCAUAGUAUAUUUUUUAAAGCACAGAAUUGGUGCCAAGACUGGGUGGGGUGUGAUGUGCCCCUUUUUUUAAUCUUGUAUAAUUUUUUUUAACAUAGGGGUUUGUAGUAGUUCCUGUUACAGGGUGGGACACAAGUUGCACAAGAAAAUUCAGUGUGUAUGGAGCCCUACUUGGUUGCCUUCAACUUGAACCAGUGUCUUCCGUUAACUCCAGGGAAGCAUCUGUGUUCUUCCCACUUCUAAUGCUCUUUGCGCUCUCUUGUCUCCCUCUCCUCUCACUUCCCUACUGUGUUGCUUUGUACAGUUUUAAAUUCUCACUUUCUAUUUUAUGACUGUAGAUAAUAUUCAUUAACCUAAUAAACUUUAUUAAAUAUUA